AUGGCGCCCAUCAAGCUCGCCUGCCUCUUUCUAGUGUUUCUUUCUACUACUACUGCGUGCCUCUCCUUACCACAUUCAUCCCAAGAUAAAACUGCAAGCACAGAAGUUGAUGCUGUUUCAAGUGCAAAGCUGGGAGUUGUGGAAAAUGGAAGGGGUACUACUACGACCAGUACUGUUUAUAGAAACAAGAGGAUAAAGGGAAGGAAAAUGGCGGCGGCUGGGAAUGAGACGAAGGAACAGAAGAAAGAUGAGGGUGCAGUUAAUGGAAGGACGUCAUCAAACAUAUCAAGUACUGAAGAAGGCUCAAAUGUAGGAUAUAGCCGUUUUCCUGAAGAAGAUGAUGAGGCAGGUUUAGGUUUUGUCGCUUUCAAUGCUGAUUACAAAGCACCAAGGCACCACCCACCUGCGAAUAACUGA